AUCACUGUGCCGCCGCAAGAAAUUGCCGCUGAUCGUUCAUUCAUCCAUGCAUCCAUUCAUUCAAAAGCUCUGCCACGCUUUUCCUGGAAGAUUUUGAUGUAGCCGUGGACCCUGACAUCAGCAUGUGAUGACGACUGAGAAAAUAUUUACACACGUUCCGGUUUAGCACGUCCUGUAAAACCCAGCCUAACAGGAGCUCCCGGCGCCCCAGCGAGGUAUCUUACAGAAGCCGCAAGAAAAAAGCGCAAGGCCGAGACUCAACCGAGGCAUCGUGGUUUGGAUUCUUGGCUGAGGGAGAGACAGAGAGAAAGGCGUCGCUCACCUUUGCAGGUUUUCAAACGCAUUGUGUACCUGGUCACUUAGCUCCAAAAUCCAAAAUCCAGUAUAAGUUCUCUAAAUUAAGAUGCCUUUCAAAAUAACACUAGAAUUAACUGAGAUGCAAAAUAUGAAGGUUCCUGAAGAUGACAACAUUAGCAAUGAUUCUAAUGAUUUUACAGAAGUAGAAAAUGGACAAAUGAAUAGCAAGUUCAUUGCAGACCGUGAGAGCAGAAGAAGCCUAACCAACAGCCAUUUGGAAAAGAAGAAGUGUGAUGAAUACAGUCCAGGCACAACAUCUUUGGGAAUGUCUGUCUUCAACCUUAGUAAUGCUAUCAUGGGUAGUGGAAUAUUGGGUCUUGCCUUUGCUUUGGCCAACACAGGAAUUGUACUCUUUACGUUGCUUUUGAUUUCAGUGACACUGCUCUCCAUUUAUUCAAUAAAUCUCUUGUUAGCAUGUGCAAAGGAAACAGGCUGCAUGGUUUAUGAAAAACUCGGAGAACAAGUUUUUGGCACUCCAGGAAAGAUGAUUGUUUUUGGAUCUACAUCUCUUCAGAACACUGGAGCUAUAUUGAGUUACCUCUUUAUAGUUAAAAAUGAGUUACCUGCUGCCAUAAAGUUCCUUAUGGGAAAAGAUAACACUUUUGUAGCCUGGUAUUUGGAUGAGCGAGUUCUGGUUGUAGCUGUCACCUUUUUAAUAAUUCUUCCUCUAUGCCUUCUGAAAAAUUUGGGCUAUCUUGGCUAUACUAGUGGAUUUUCCCUGACAUGUAUGGUAUUUUUUCUCAUAGUGGUCAUAUACAAGAAAUUUCAGUUUUCUUGUCCUUUUCUGGACAGAAAUGCAACAGAUGCUAUUUCUUCCAAUUUUAGCUUUGGCACAGAGGCAUGCAGACCAAAAUAUGUUACAUUUAAUUCUAAGAGUGUGUAUGCUUUGCCUACUCUUGCAUUUGCAUUUGUGUGCCAUCCAUCAGUCCUUCCAAUCUACAGUGAACUUAAAGAUCAUUCCCAAAAAAGAAUGCAGAUGGUUACAAAAAUCUCUUUCUUUGCCAUGUUUGUCAUGUACUUUUUAACUGCUAUUUUUGGCUACUUGACAUUUUAUGAAUCUGUACAGUCAGAUUUGCUUCACAAAUAUCAGAAUAAAGAUGACAUCCUUGUCUUAACCGUUCGUGUUGCCGUCAUUGUUGCAGUCAUACUUACAGUCCCUGUGUUAUUUUUCACUGUUCGUUCAUCUAUAUUUGAGCUUGCUGGAAAAACCAAAUUUCAUUUAUGCCAACACAUUGUGAUUACAUUGAUCCUUUUGAUGAUCAUUAACCUGCUGGUUAUUUUUAUACCUUCCAUGAAGGAUAUUUUUGGAGUUGUAGGAACAACAUCUGCCAAUAUGUUGAUUUUUAUUCUUCCAUCUUCACUCUAUUUGAAAAUCACAGAUCAAGAUAGUUCAAAACUGAUUCAGAGAAUUUGGGCAUCCCUCUUUUUGGCAUUAGGAAUUUUAUUUUCCAUGGUGAGCAUUCCUCUUGUCAUCUAUGAUUGGAUGCAUUGAAGACAUGCCACUGAAGGUUAGUGAGAUACCAAGAUGAACACAUUAUCUCUUUGCUGUUCACAAAAGUCACCACUCACCUAUUUUGGAAGUGUGUCCCACUCAUCAGAAAUUUCGUCUAUUAAACAAACAAGAAUUAAUCAUCACUGCAUAUUUUCCACAGGA